CAUAAAAUAUAAUAGAUUCCCUUUAUUCUACAAUCAUAUAUAUAUAUAUAUCAACUUCCAUAAAUAAUCCUUGCCAGUAUAGCUUUGCAAAUCCCUAUACCACCCAUCUCAGGGAAAUAUAGGAAGAAAGUGGAAGAAGAUGCCGAUGGCUCCUACAAGCACUAAAUGCAGUAAGAAAGAAGUGAACAGAGGAGCUUGGACAGCUGAAGAAGACCAAAAGCUUGCUCAAGUUGUUGAAAUUCAUGGCCCAAAGAGGUGGAAAGCUGUUGCAGCAAAAGCAGGUAUCAACAGAUGUGGAAAGAGUUGCAGGUUGAGAUGGAUGAAUUACCUUAGGCCCAAUAUAAAGAGAGGCAACAUUUCAGACCAAGAAGAAGACCUGAUACUAAGGCUACAUAAACUGCUCGGAAACAGGUGGUCAUUGAUUGCCGGAAGAUUACCAGGUCGAACCGAUAACGAAAUAAAAAACUACUGGAAUUCUCAUUUGAGCAAGAAAAUAAAGCAAAAUGAGAAGCAAACCAGAAUGCAAGAACCGGUGCUUGAGAAUUCUAAGGUAAGCGAAAGGGAGGAGCCUCUACACAAGGCGAGUGAAGAAGGUUCGUCCAAGAGAGAUGAUGAGUACUCCACAUCUUGCUUCAAUGGUGAUAGUAGCUUGUUCGAUUUGUAUAACAAGGAGCCUCUGGAGUUGGAGUGGAUGAGUCAUUUCUUCGAAACAGACGAGAUAUGGCUUAACUUAGCUUGAUAUCUACAUUUGUUGGUAAUCCAAGUAAAAUCCUUGAGUUUCAGUUCUGUUGACAAAGGUUUUUCCUUGGAUUAACAAAUAUUAAAAUGUUAUGUUUCCCUUAUUCAAGUAUAAUUCAGAUUAUUAUUGAAUUCUAUUUUCAAAGGUAGAGAAAUGAAAAGUGUGAAUGUGAUCAUGUUGCUGCCAAACUUCGACCUUGGAAUCGUCUACUGCUGAGUCAGAGUCUGCCAUUAAAAGAUAAAAGGAAGAAGACUUUUGUGGAAGGAAAAUAAGUUUAAUAAGAUCAUUGCCAGCACUUUGAUUAAUCCAAUAUUAGCAAUGAUACUUGCAACUCUUUUUGUUUCAUUUUUCCUUGGAGAUUGUACCCAAACCCAAAGCCUAUCGGUAUUAGGUUAACAGACCAUUGCAGACAUUCACUAACGGAGUUUUAUCUACUUCUCAACUCCUAAUGGAAUUUCAGAAUCUGCUUCUUCUUUUUGUAAUUAUUAUUUAUAUUUGUAUAAUUAUUUAAUCAGUUCAGUAAAAAUGAUUUUCAAAUUUAAAAAA